AAUCACUCAACCAUGUCUUGAAAUUACAUAUAACUGAUGCUAUGACUAUGUGUGGAGUAUUUCGAUUAAACGGGGGAAUAUUGAACGGCUUUAGUGAGAUUCAGGUAUAAAUUCAAAUUGUGAAAAAAAUGGAAAGGAAUAUAUCUGAACUCGUUGCAGAGACAAUAACUUUUAAAGAGAAUGUGGACCACUUAUUUCUAAUCAUCAUGGGCAUGUGCAUCGUUUUUAUGCAAUGUGGGUUUGCGUUCUUAGAAGCUGGUGCAGUCAGAAGCAAAAAUACGACAAACAUACUCAUCAAGAAUGUCAUGGACUUAUUCAUCUCUGGGGUAUCCUAUUGGUUGUUCGGAUUUGCCUUCGCUUUUGGUGAUGGUGUCGCCGACAGGUUUAUUGGACUGAACUAUUUUGCCUCAUCUGGCGUUCCGCACAGCAAAUACGCCCUGUUUUUCUUCCAGUUUACGUUUGCCGCCACAGCUUCUACCAUUGUUUCUGGCGCAGUAGCGGAGAGAUGCGAAUUUGUGGCAUACUUCGUAUAUAGUGUAUUUAUAACAGGCUUUAUCUACCCCGUCGUGACACACUGGGCGUGGUCCUCAGGGGGAUGGCUGACUAUUGGGGAUACUUACUCAAGUCUUGACAACGAAAGUGUCGGUUAUCAGGACUUUGCCGGUAGCGGAGUUGUACACGUGCUAGGUGGAAUCGCUGCUUUUAUGGGUGCUGUAAUGCUAGGUCCCAGAAUCGGCCGAUUUCACCGCAGCUCUAAAACUGUAGCUCCGAUCAGAGGCCACUCCGUACCGAUUGCUGCGUUAGGUGGAUUCAUUCUUUUCUUUGGCUUUUUGGCUUUCAAUGGCGGAUCCCAACUGUCAAUCAGUAACCCUGGUGACGGAAACGCUGUCUCCAUAGCAGUAGUAAAUACGGUCAUUUCGGGAUCCUGUGCGGCUUUUAUGUCACUUAUACUCAACCGGCUGCAUAUUUUUGGAAAUACAUGGAGUUUAUUAGUAACCAUAAACGGUGCUUUGACUGGAAUGGUUGCCAUAUGUGCUGGUUGUAACGUAUAUGAACCUUAUGCCGCAUGCGUGAUCGGGCUCCUCUCAGCGAUUGUAUACCGGACCUACUCUGUUCUCAUGGUCAAGAUCGGCGUGGAUGAUCCGCUGGAUGCCGUUGCAGUGCAUUUUGGUGGAGGAAGCUGGGGAGUUAUAGCCGUGGCGUUCUUUGACAAUACCAACGGAAUUUUUUAUGCACGGGAUCUCAAAUCUGCCUAUAAAUUGGGUUGGCAGUUUAUAGGAUUAUUAGCUAUAGCAGGCUGGACACUGGUGCUUUCGGGGCUCGUGUUCGGGAUUAUGAAAGCAUUUGGAUUUCUCAGGGUGAGCCAAGAGGAGGAGAUAAAAGGUUUGGACAUCCCAAAACAUAAUGAACCUGCUUAUCCCGUGGAGGCGUACGGACAUGGCCAUAUUGAACGCUUGAUUCAGAUACUGGAAAAUAACCCCACGGUUGUCACGCAGGGAUUCACAAAUGUGGCUUAUGAGAAUGAGAUAACAGAUAGAGGUAAUUACGAGAAUCCAGAGACACAGAACGUUUUACGUAAUGGGUACCAAGAGAAGGUUCCCUCAAAAGAAUUUCACCCCAGCACUCCCGCCAACGGAGUACGCGUCACGGCACCUCAAGGGGAAGUACGCGUCACCGUCAACGACACAAAACUGUGAAGUUCCCAUGACAAAAUUAUCCUGAUUUAUUGAGCAGGCACAUGCUUCCACCUUCGGUGCUUUGUUUAAACUUGAAUGUACCCUGAUAAGAUUACGUAUAAAUCUGUGACAGACGUAAAUGAAACUUUACAUAUGCUUGUAUAUCUGGGACCAAGAGGGGUACAAGUUCUCCGAUGCCAUACCCUAUUGUCCAUUUAAGCAUAUUAUUUAUAAUUUAAAAAUGUUUCAUUUAUAUACAUGUAUAUGUAUGUAUGAUUGUACAUAUUGAUGAUGUGAAAUGUCCAAGUGUCUUAAACUGCAAUCUGUAUCUUGAUGUUUAACUUCAAAAGAAUAUUAUUUAUUCAUGUAUCAUAUUU